CAUUUUUGUGGAGUGUUUUCUUUUCGCUCGACUGUGUGCUCUCGUUUUGUAAACGCCAGAAAGAAAAGAAAACGAAAUCCUGCAUCUAGUUGAUCCACUUCUCUUUUCCCUUCUGAUUUUCCCGACCGCGCGCACACACACACAAAGCACCGCACCGCGUUUUGAAGUGGUGAAGUGAACCGGACGACCGCCGUCCGCCAGAACACAAAACCGACCAGCGGUGUCGUCCGUCCCAGUUUCCGAGUUCCCCUGUUUGAAAGUGUUGCACACACAUACUCGCCGUGUUCCUCUGCCUUUCCCCGUUGCAGUGUUUAGUGUUUCGCUUCGUCCGGUCGUGUGUGCGUGUGUCCGGUUCGUCUCCGGUUCCGGAAGGUUUCAAUCCGUGCCUAGCACAAAUCGUCGAUCGUCGUCGAAAGCUGCUGGAAUAGGGGGCUGCCUAACAUAAGGGGUUAGUAGGCACACACCCAGCUCGGUCGCUCUGCCCUACCGUCGUGUACCGUUCAAGUGGGUGUGAGUAAUUUCACACCGCCGCCUGUGUGUGUUUUUUUUUUGCAUUUGAGCACGAAUUCCAAAUUAUCGGUGUAAAAAAAGCAGUAGCAGUGGUGUAGUUUCUAUCGUCGAAGAGGGAAGACGGGCACGGCAGUACGUGUGCGGUAGCGGUGUGUGCUAUCACGGGCGGUGGAUCGUGGGAAGAAAAGUAGUGCGAAUCGUGCGGGAGAAAACGAGAAAGAAAAAGCAAGUGAGUGAGAGAGAAAGAGAGAGUGAGAGCGAGAACGCGUAGGGGAAGAUUUGUGCAAAUGUAUUGACGACCAUCAUCAUCAGCAACAGCAGCAGCAGCAGCAGCACGGUCGGAAUCAUCGUCAUCUACAAACUAUCGGUGUCCCAAUCGAUUGGAUGUGUGGUGCGCUUCAUCACCAUCGACAAAAGAAUUCCGGUGCGGUGCGGUGGCCGUGUGUGUGCUGUGUCGUCGUCGGUCGUGACGGUUCACGGUUCCGCACAGUGUGUGUCGGAGUGUAGUCGGAUGCAAAGUGUCGGCGCAAGUGUGCCGUCGUCGUCGUCGUCGUUGUCGUCGUCAAAGCGGUGAGACUAGCGGUUAAAGCAACCCCCGAGCACACAUCCGGAAGCGCGAGUGGUGUGGUGCGGUGGAGAAAAAGCAAAAAAAAAAGCGUGCUGAGGUAAUCUCUUAACGAGGGUGAGGAGAAGCAGAUCAAAGUGUGCGGCAGCGGCGGUGGUGGAGCGGCUUCAAGAUGACACUGAACGAUGAGAAUGGGGCCAGCAGCAAUAAUGUUGUCGUCACGGCAGCAAGUGGAACGGGACUGUCAGCGGCGGGAACCGGAUCAGAUCGACCAGCGCCAGCAGGUACGCAGCCGGUUGGGUUGGGUGGUGGUGGUGCAACCACCGGGCAAGCGACCGGCCCAAACGGGGGCAUCGGGGCACCCAUCAACAGUAGCGCGAACAAUAACAACAACAACAACAACAACAGCAGCAGUAUCAUCAACUCCGGCAACGGCGGUACGGCAGCGGCAAACGGUAGCAAUACGAUUGGCAAUACGAUUAAUAAUAACAACCUAAAUUCUAAUAUCACCUCAGCGGCUGCGACGGCAACGGCACUAAGCAACAGCACCAAUAACAACAACAACAACAACAACAAUAGUAUUAGCAACGGCAACGGACAGAAUGGCAAGCAGCAGCAGCAGCAGCAGCAGCAGUCACAGGGUCCACCAACGGGCGGCAGCCUGGAGAAGCGGCCGAGCAGCAGCAGUGCGACGAGCGGCACCGGCAGCGGUCGCUACAUCAUACCGAAGUUUUACGAGAUCGAAACGCUGCCCCCGCUGAAGGACGCCGAUCCGGCCGAGCGGGAGGAGCUGUUCAUCCAGAAGCUGCGCCAGUGCUGCGUCCUGUUCGACUUCUCCGAACCGCUGAACGAUCUGAAGUACAAGGAGAUCAAGCGGUGCGCGCUGCAGGAAAUCGUCGAGCAUCUGAACAACCAGAGCAACGUGAUUACCGAGCCGAUCUACCCGGAAGCGUUCAACAUGGUGGCGACCAACCUGUUCCGCACGCUGCCCCCGUCCUCCAACCCGAACGGGGCCGAGUUCGAUCCGGAGGAGGACGAGCCGACGCUCGAGGUGUCCUGGCCGCAUCUGCAGUUCGUGUACGAGCUGUUUCUGCGGUUUCUCGAGUCGCCCGACUUCCAGCCGAACGUGGCGAAGCGGUACAUCGACCACAGCUUCAUCCUGAACCUGCUCGAGCUGUUCGAUUCGGAGGAUCCGCGCGAGCGCGACUUCCUCAAGACGGUGCUGCACCGGGUGUACGGCAAGUUUCUCGGGCUGCGCGCCUUCAUCCGCAAGCAGAUCAACAACAUCUUCUACAAGUUCAUCUACGAGACGGAGCACCACAACGGCAUUGCCGAGCUGCUCGAGAUACUGGGCAGCAUCAUCAACGGGUUCGCGCUCCCCCUGAAGGAGGAGCACAAGCAGUUCCUGCUCAAGGUGCUGCUGCCGCUGCACAAGGUCAAGAGCCUGUCCGUGUACCAUCCGCAGCUGGCGUACUGUGUGGUGCAGUUUCUCGAGAAGGACGCCAGCCUGACGCAGCCCGUCAUCAAGUGUUUGCUCAAGUUUUGGCCGAAAACGCACAGCCCGAAGGAGGUGAUGUUUCUGAACGAGCUCGAGGAGAUACUGGACGUGAUCGAGCCGGCCGAAUUCCAGAAGGUGAUGGAACCCCUGUUCCGCCAGAUCGCCAAGUGCGUGUCGAGCCCGCACUUUCAGGUGGCCGAGCGGGCCCUGUACUACUGGAACAAUGACUACAUCAUGUCGCUGAUAUCGGAAAACUCGAAGGUGAUCAUGCCGAUCAUGUUCCCCGCCCUGUACAGCAACAGCAAGUCGCACUGGAACAAAACGAUCCACGGGCUGAUCUACAACGCGAUCAAGCUGUUCAUGGAGAUGAACCAGCUGCUGUUCGACGAGUGCCACCGGAAGUACCAGGCGGAGCAGGAGACGGAGCAGGAGAAGCUGGCCCAGCGGGACGCCCUGUGGCAGCAGAUGGAGGAUCUGGCCGCGCGGAACAGUAAGUUGACGCUGAACGACGACGAGUCGCAGCAGUCGGGCAGUGGGCGACAUUCGAGCAGCUUUAGCCACCCGCAGCAGCAGCAGCAGCAGCACCGACAGAUGAACGGAACGUCGGGUGGUGGUGGUGGUGGUGGAGUGUACGAUCGGCGAUCGAUACAGCACAGUAGCACCUAAACGGGGGAAGGAGCGUCUAAGUCACCAAGUGGCCCCGCUCUCACACAGACACACACACACAAACAGAUAGACGGUCGGACACUAUUACACUAAACAGAGCAUCCUAGACUUCCAUUUCCUGCGCUUCUACACACACACACACACACACACACAUAAAACACAGGGUGAUAUGGUGACGCCCUCCUCCCCUUUGCCUCUUCCACCACACAGUCUGUACCCCCUCCCCCCCCCCCCCCCCGUGGCACGUUAUGUUUUAGAUUGUUUUACUAUUCCAAUCCUUUUCAGGAAAUUGUGUUGGAAAAUUGCCUACAAAUGGUGCGCUUCACGUACUUUACGUUCUUAAAACGAUUCGAAGCGAAGAGGGUCGAACAAUUAUUUAAACAAUAGCCGAAGUAUUCGAGUAUUGCUGUGUUAGGAGGAACAAAAAGGAGCCCCCGAGUCGGAAUGGAAUGGAAUGAUUUUUUGUGUAUUUUUUACGAAUUAAAUUUAUCGAACAGAAAAAAAAGAAAUUCCUUCCUUGUCCCGUUCCUUGAAGCGUGUAGACUGCGUGUAGGUUCUCUCAGCAGAUGAUACGUAUGCGUGGGUGCGUGAAUCAUGAUCGUGAAAUUGUACAUACUCUGUCUGUGUGGUGUGAAAUAGCAAGAAACGGAAAUAAUCUUAGGCUGAAACGAAUAAGGCGAUCGGAACGGAACAUAUUGAGCGUUUUUUGGCAAACAAAACACACUUAGUGUUACAGAGAGAGAGAGAGGGAGAAAUAUUGUGAAUUAACUAGUGAUUGGUGCUAGCCCCGAACUUCUUUCCAGUCAUUUCCCUCUUUUUUUAGUUUCUGAAAAGAACUCACAACGUGAAUUUACACCGAUAUCGGAAGUGAACUUUCCCUUGCCCUUGUCUCUACUAUUGCAUUGUUUUCCCCCUUCCCGGUUGCAAUAAUUUCAACACAAAUGGGCUGAAGCAGGGUGUAGAAGUAUCAAAAAGCGGAAGGAAUCGUACGCACGCACGCACACUUACACACAUUCUCAAAGGAUGUUGAUAGCACUAGAAAGUAAGGAAGGUUUGCCCACUUGCGCUGCGUAUUUAGUAGAUCGAGUUUAGAGUUUUAGAUACACACACACACACACAAACAUAUCUUUUUUCGUCUUUGUUAGGAUCAAUUUGUUAUUUAGUUAUUUCGAUAUAUAAGUACAUCUCCGUUGUCCAGAGUACACACUAGCCGCGCCUUUCUUUUUUCUCGUACACACACACACACACACACACACACACUAGCAUAUUCUUUUCGCACCAAAACCAAAUACAAAAUGUGCACUAAAAGCAAGCAAUUUCGUUUGAUAUUAUUAGAACGGUCGACAGGUUUGAACGAGACAGAGACAGAGAGAGAGAGAGAGAGAGAGAGAGAGAGAGAGAGAGAGAGAGAGAGAGAGAGAGAGAGAGAGAGAGAGAGAGGAGAUUUAUAAUGGUAUUAUAUUUGGAGGCGUGCGGCGGCCUUUUAUCACAACAACCCAACCAAGCAAAGAUUACAUAUUAAGGAUGCGCCACAUAGACUCAUACACACACAUACAUGAGAUUGCUAGGAGCCCGAAAAGAAGGAUCAGGAGAGGAGGAAGUAUUAGAGAGGAAGGCGUUAGAUCUAGCGUAGAAGAAAGGCAGCUUCAUUUGCAUGCGCAAAUACAACACGCGGCACAAAGAAUUGGUUGUUGGCUGGGAACAAGCGGUCCACCUCACCCCCCGACCCCCCCCCCCCCCCCCCCCCACAUUUGGUGAUCAAUAAUAGAUUCCAGUAAAAGAAAAACACGUGUCCUCCCAUUCUCCCCCUUUCCCCAUUGGGGGUUGGCAGAGUGUCAGCGCAGUGAUAUCAUGCUGCGUCGUCUGUGUGUGUGUGUGUGUGGCUGUGCAUCAGUAGUGACCGCGGACGGUGUAUUUAUUUUAUCGAACAACUCUCUCGGAUGUGCAUAAAUAUGUAUAUUUUUUGUGUAGGUUUAUUUUUAUCCUUCCGUUUCCCUCUCUCUCGCUCUCACACACACACACUCUUUGAACUCCUUCCCUUUUUUAUCAUUUCACACGACAAUUUCCUUGUUGUGGUCGUCGUCGUUGUCGUCGUUGCCGUUGUGUGUCUUCCUCGCAUCGCUUUUGUCUCGUCUACCUUUUUGGGCUGAUGCCAACCAAUAAGCGCUGCUAUCGUGUGAGGACAAACCCUUCCCUCCUGAACCUCCCACCUCUCCCCUUUGCAGCAGGGGGGCUAGAGGUGGGAUGGUGGGUGGUGGUUACUUAUGAGAGUAGACAGUAAGUGGUAACAAUAAUAGUAACAAUAAUAAUAAUUGCGCAAAGCAAGGGGGGGGGGGGUUGGUGGGUCGGUGGCGCACAUUGUCUAUUUCGAAAGCCCCUACACCCUACACACCAACACUAAUAGAUGAGGAUAGAUCCAUAAGCGAGAUACACACAGAAAAACACACACACAAAAGUACACAAAUUCCAGUAGAUACGUAAGAGUUAGAAGGGAGUGGGGGAGAGGUUUCCUUAUUAUUCAUACAAACACAGCUACAGCUACACACACACAUAGUUAGGAGGGGGUUUACCUGAAUGAUAAAGCCCCUGCAAGCGGAAGUAGUACUGCAAGAGACGAUGCAUACGAUCAUAGGCAAAAGUGCAUCGGAGAUGCUUGGAGGGGGAAGGGAGAGGGGAUGGAAUUUUAUGUCCCUAAUUGAAGAGGAAAGCAAGCAAAGCAUAAUAAUAAAGCAGGGCUAUAGUAGUAGUAUAUGUAUGUGUCGGAAGUAAGAAACAAAAAUCAAAGUUGUGCAAAGGCAAAUAAAAAUGCAAAACAAAGGUUAAUAUCUAAUGCGUGUUUGAUAAGAUAUGUACGUAGAGGAAGAAGAAGAAGAAGAAGCAUCAAACACACAACACUCACACACACACAUAAACACAAAAAGUAGUUAAGAACGUGUGGUGUCUCUGCAUAGAAAGAGAGAGAGAGAGCGAGAGAAGGCGUGUGUCCGUGACCUUAGUGACCACCGCACGACGAUCGCGCCUCCGACGCCGCCGCCGUUGCGUGGUGAUGUCGUGCGCAUAUAGAUGUGUUACGUUUGCAGCAAAGAAUGGGUGUGGGGCAUGCGAAUGCAUUGUAUGGCAUUAUGUAUGUUAAACAAAAACAAAAAAAGGAAACAAAUUAAACAAACAAAACAAUACAAAACGGAGAAAGGAGAAGAAGCACACUCAUGCGUAACCGUAAGUGGAGUCAGUUGCGCGAGCAUGCGCGCGCGCGCGCGCCCGCACGCAACAUAACUGUUAGCAUUUUACACUAAUAAGGAAAAAGAAAAACACUAAUAAAAUGGCAAACAAAAACA